AUGACUUCUCGGGAUCAGCUGGUGCAGCAGGUGCUGCACGAUCUACAGGAGGCCGUGGAGUCUGAGGGCUUGGAGGGUCUCAUUAGUGCUGCCCUGGAGGCCAAACAGGUCCUCUCUUCCUUCACUCUCCCCAUCUACCAGAAGGGUGGUCCUGGCGCUCAGGUGCUGGAGGUGGACUCGGUGGCCUUGAGUCUGUACCCAGAGGAUGCUCCUCGGAACAUGCUGCCCUUGGUGUGCAAGGGUGAGGGUAGCCUGUUGUUUGAAGCGGCCAGCAUGUUGUUGUGGGGGCACAUAGGUCUCAGCCUGGAGCUGCGGGCCCGGACUGUGGUGGAGAUGCUGCUGCACAAACACUAUUACCUGCAAGGCAUGAUCGACUCCAAGGUGAUGCUGCAGGCUGUGCGCUACUCCUUGUGCUCUGAGGCAACCCCUGAGAUGACCAACCUGUCUUUUGCUACACUGGAGGCCAUCUUUGACGCUGAUGUCAAGGCUACGUGCUUCCCGACUAGCUUCUCUAAUGUGUGGCACUUGUACGCCCUAGCUUCCAUCCUUGAGCGCAACAUCUACUCCAUCUACCCCAUGCGCAAUGUCAAAAUCCGACCCUAUUUUAACCGUGUCAUCAUGCCUCGCUGCUCAGCCCAUGUGACCUCCAUGCUGCACAUCAUGUGGGCUGGUCAACCCCUCGCUAGCCACCUCUUCCGUCACCAGUAUUUUGCCCCUGUGGUUGGGCUGGAGGAGGUGGAGGCCGACGGUAAUGCUAGCCGAAAAGCAGUAAGCAGAGCUCCUCUUACGUCCCAGGGGCUCAUAUCCCCAAAGAUGCCCUUAUCUCGUUGGCAGAGACGACUACGCAGGGCCGCCCGUAAGCAGGUGCUAAGUGGGCACCUACCCUUUUGUCGCUUCCGCCUCCGCUACCCUAGCCUGUUACCUUCCACUUUUUGGGUAUGGAAAAGUCUGUCCCGGGGAUGGCCCCGGAUGCAGGCUCCCUCUUUGGGCCGGAAGAAGCAGAAGCCAGAGGGACGCCAGAAGCCAGUCGAACGGCAAGCUAUGGAAGCUGUUCAGAAUGUAACGCCUGUGGUGGUUCCUCCAGCGGAAACACUGCCAGUGGCUGCUUCUCUAGAAAACACCCCAGAAGAUGCCCGAGGAGGACCAUCCAGAGAGGGGAUCAUUCAAGAGGCAGCUAUGGCCCAGGGCCAACCCCAUAGAGGAUCCUUGCCGAGCCAGACUAUGGCGAUGGCACCAGGGGGCCGUGAUGGGCAGGUGCUGGUGAUGGACAUGCUCACCACCACGAGGUUCAAGGCCCAGGCCAAGCUGUUCCUGCAGAAGCGCUUCCAGUCUAAGACUUUCCCCUCCUACAAGGAGUUCCAGGCUCUCUUCCCUCUCACUGCCCGCUCCACCUACUAUAUGUGGAAGCGGGCGCUCUAUGAAGGUCUCACGCUGGUUGACGGCUGA